CGUAGCAAUAUUUCAUACUUCACCAAAGUGCAAUUCGAUUUUGAGUUAAUUUUGAUGCCUACAAGUUCCAAUAUCCAUUUGCAAAUAACUUUUUUCUCUGAAAGAAAAAUAAAAGUAUCAUUAGCAUUAGUUUACUCUAUUACCUUUUUAGAAUGUUCGGUUUUCAAGGACUUUUCUUUGUUUUAAAUGUUACAUGCCCUCCUCUGUUUGACAUCCGGGUUCUUUGUCAAUCCUCCGUAGUGGGUACACGCCAUGGUGUAAGGCGCAAGCCAGCUGCAUGGGGAUUUCGUAGUCAUGAAGUCCAGCAAAGAGGACCAACAUCUGCUAGCAGCCUCCUCCGGUCGACUAAACGAUGCAGAAAGUUCGAAGACCGACAAGACAAACCCAGACGUGGAAGAGUCCGCCAGUCCAUCCUCUUCGUCGGAACAAGAGACGCUAGCUUACAGCGAUCGGCGGGCAAACCAUCGCAAAGCGAGACCGCUGCAGAACGAAAGCGCCCUCAACGACGCCAUGCUCCAGUUCGCGGUCGAUGUGUACCUGGAGCUGAGACGCGGGACCGGCGAAGCUGGUUCCAACGUGCUCUUCUCUCCUCUGGCUGUGCAGACCAUGAUGGCCCUGAUGCUGGCCGUCGCCAACGGACGCACCGCCGAUCAACUCGCCCAAGCACUCCACCUGCAUGGAUAUCAGGGCGACGACUUCAAGCUGUACAUGCGGCGUCGCGCUUACAAGCUCACCGGCCUGGCGGGAGGACUCAGCUACUUCAGCUUCAACAACAAGACGCAGCUCAUCACGGGCCGUGACUUGGACCCUUGCGCCUCUGUCGCCAGUCGUCUACGCGCGGCCAUUGACUCAUUGCUCGUGGAGCACCAGCAGGCCGAUUUCGAAUUAGAUGGCGAGGGCGUGCGUGAGCGCGUGAACGAGUGGCUACACGUGAUGUCGGCGUUCGAGUGCGAGCACGCCAUACCUCGGGGCGCUGUGAACGGCGCCACGUCGCUCCUGGUGGCCAGCGUGACGUCACUGCGGACGGCCGAGUGGAAGUGGAAGUUCCGUCUCAGGGACUCCACGUCGGCCGUCUUCUACGAGUCGUCCGGAGCCGCGAAGAGAGUGACUAUGAUGUGUCAACGGGGUCGCUUUCCCACGGCCGACUGCGACGUGGAACUGGAUGCCACUGCCCUGGAGCUCCGCUAUCGGCGCUACAAAAAGUCCAUGGUGCUCAUUUUGCCGCGCAAUCGGGACGGAUUGACCGCCCUGGAGACGGCACUGACGGCACCCAGGCUGCGGAGCUGCCUGAACCGGCUCGAAGACCGAGGCAGCGUCGACGUCAAGUUACCCAAGUUCGGCGUCAAGCAGGCCUUCGACCUCAAGGGCCUAUUGCCCGGGUUGGGCGUCGUCGACCUGUUCGUGCCGGGGCUGGCCGACCUGCCGGGUUUACCGGUACGCGAUGCCGAAUCCUCGGAUCUCGCCGUCGCGAGACGGCACCUGUCUCUAGCGGUCCACUGCGCCUCCGUGCAAACCAAGGAGAAGGGCCACAAGUUCGGCCCGUGGGACGACCCGGAGGCGCGCCUGACGUUCAACGUGGACCACCCGUUCAUGUUUGUGGUCCUCAGCAGGGCUCCAGAGGCAGUGCUGUUCAUGGGAUCGGUGAGGGAAGUUUGCCUCCCCUACAUCUAGCCUACAGUCACGCGUAAAUAUGCGCGCCCAUGCCAGUGAACGUUACACACAAGCAGCACAGACAACAGGACAACGCGAGGUUGAGAACAUGACCUCCUGUUGUCUGCGCCGUAAUAUUGAAGACGAAAAGGCCUCAACGCCUGGCACUUCUGCUCUCGUCGUCGUUCACUCCGACAGGCACGCCGACUGCGCCACAGCUGUCUACACAUGCGUUUUUCGGAAGAUUGUACGGCUUAUGUAUUGUGAAUUGAGCGGCUAUAAAGAACGCCAAUAGCUUUACGGAUAUUUAAUAACGUAUGCCCUCGAGGCUGAACUGUGUACAAAUAAUGCGCAACAAAAGUAUUAAAUAACACACUAUAUCUGUCAUUAAAGUUGAUGUGGCAAAGUUGACAUCUGCGUGAGUUGGUACGUGCUUUUUUUCUACAGCGAAGGCUGUUAGCCUUUCACAGGUCGCCAUUUUACAUUUUAACGCGACAGCGUUAAGGGCCCCUUGUCGCAGAAAAUCCGGUGUCGGUGGAGUUGUCCGUGAGCGAAAAC